CAGGGGCUCGUUGUCUCGGGUUCAUUCCCUCGGUUCCGGCCCCUUUUGUCUAUCGCUGCUCUCUCUGCUCGGCUCCCAUUUUUACCGCGUCUCUCUCUGCGAACAGAGUGCGAGGUUGCCGGGCUGGGUAGUUGGAGGACUUAAAAGGGUCGAGUGUUUCAGUCGAGCAGCAUGAACGGUGAGACAGCUAUGGCUGAAACGACCGAAUUGAACCCUGCAAGAGAAGAUUGGGCAAAAGAGGAUGUCUUGGGCCUUCUGGAUUGCAUGAGAAGCAUUAUCCCUUCUAAUGACGUGCUGAAGUUCAAAACAACAGAGUCACACAUGGACUGGAAUAAGGUGACCUUCGCCCAUUAUACAGGGGAAAUGUGUAAGCGGAAGUGGUCGGAGGUUUCACAUGAGGUGAGAAAGUUCCGCACUUUAUCGGAACUGAUACUGGAUGUCCAAGAGAACGUGAAGAAUCCUUAUAAAGGGAAGAAACUCAAGAAUCAUCCCGAUUUUCCCAAGAAGCCUCUCACGCCUUACUUUCGAUUCUUUAUGGAGAAAAGAGCAAAAUACGCAAAACUUCAUCCUGAAAUGAGCAUUGAUCUGACUAAAAUUCUGUCCAAGAAAUACAAGGAAUUGCCGGAAAAGAAAAAGAUGAAAUAUAUUCAGGGAGUUUCGAAGGAGAAAGAAGACUUUGACCAUAACAUGGCCCGUUUCAGAGAGGACCACCCGGAUCUGCUGGAGAGCGUAAAGAGGACAGAUGCCCCAGAAACCCAAACUCCUCAACAGCUGUGGUCUCACGAAAAGAAGGCCUUCAUGAAGUUGCAUCCAAAGGCAACAAUGAAGGAUGUCAAAGAAGCACUGGGGAAGCAGUGGUCCCAGCUGUCUGACAAGAAAAGGCUCAAGUGGAUUGGCAAAAGCUUAGAGCAGAGAGAACUUUACGAGGAUGCUAUGCGAGAUUAUGUUCUACGCCACCCUGAACAAAGCAUCAGUCUGGACGAUUUGACCAAAAAUACUCUGACCAAAGCUGAACGACAGCUCAAGGACAAGUUUGAUGGUCGACCCACAAAACCACCACCAAAUGGCUAUUCUCUUUAUUGUGCUGAACUGAUGUCCAAUAUGAAAGAUAUUCCCAGCACAGAACGCAUGGUUCUGUGUAGCAAGCAGUGGAAGAUGUUGUCCCAAAAAGAGAAGGAUGCGUAUCAAAAACGAUGCGAACAAAAAAAGAAGGAAUACGAAAUUAAUCUUCAUCGGUUUUUGCUGAGCCUCCCGGAACAUGAGCAACAAAGGGUCCUGUCUGAGGAAAAGAUGAUUGGAAUACACAAAAAAGCAGCAAGCAACCUGAAGCAGAGUGCAAUUAAAGGCAUCACCAUAUCCCCUUCAGAUGCCAACAAGACUACUCCUGACAAACCAAAGCGUCCGAUCUCUGCCAUGUUCAUUUUCUCGGAAGAUAAGCGCAAGAAGUUGCAGGAGGACGAGCCAGAGCUGUCGGAGAGUGAACUGACAAGAAAACUGGCCAGGAUAUGGACUGAGCUAUCUGAGAAGAAAAAGGAAAAGUACCGUCGCCUGGAGGCAGCGGCAAAAGCCGAAUCGGAGCAGAAAAGGCAGGGUUUUGGCAAAGGAAAAGGCACUGCUAUCCGUGGGAAACUGCCAGAGCCACCCAAGACUGCAGAAGAGAUCUGGCAGCAGAAUGUCAUUGGCGAUUACCUGGCCAAGUACAGGAAUGAUCGCAUUAAGGCUAUAAAAGCGAUGGAGGCAACUUGGAGUGCGAUGGAGAAAAAGGAAAAAUUAAUGUGGAUUAAAAAGGCGGCUGAGGAUCAAAAGCGAUAUGAGAAAGAACUAAGUGAAAUACGAGCACCAGCAACAAACGUGAACAGGAAAAUCAAAUUUGAGGGAGAACCUAAAAAACCACCAAUGAAUGGCUAUCAGAAAUUUUCCCAGGAAUUACUGACAGGCGGUGAACUAAACCACUUGAAUCUCAAAGACCGGAUGGUGGAGAUUGGGAAAAGAUGGCGGAAGGUCACUCAGGCUCAAAAGGACCGUUACAAGAAGAUAUCAGAAGAACAACAAUGUCAAUACAAAAUAAUUCUCGAGGCCUGGCUUAAGAGCAUAUCGCCCCAAGAGAGAGCUGCAUACAAGGAGUACACUUCAAAUAAACGCAGAGGUACUGCAAAAGUAUCCGCUCCAAAUCCCAAAAUGAAAAUUGCAAUACCAGCACAGAAUGCAAGUGAAACGGACGAUUCUGAUGAUGACGAUGAUGAUGACGAUGAUGACGAGGAUGAUGAAGAGAAAGCCAAUUCUUCAGAUUCUGAUGAUUCCUCGGGCUCUGACAGUGAUGAGGAGAGUGAAGAGGAUGAUGCGGACGGGAAUGCAGACGAAGAGGAGGAUGAAGAGGGAGAUGACAACCAGUCCGACAGCAGCAGUAGUUCUUCGUCUGAAGAGUCCUCUGACUCGGACUCUGACUGAAGUGUUCUGCGUUGAUCUUCCAGGCAGUACUGGAAAUUAUCAGGGGCCUAAAGAUGAGCCCUCAUGCCCACUACCAGCACUGUUUGAGAGACAAAAUGGCAGAAGCAGACAUGCUAAAAUCUGAUGUGAUCCAGCCAUCAUUGUCCAGUCAGUUUCGUGGAACGAAUUUUCUGGGCUUUCCUGAAUUGCUUUCAGCUCCUUGAAAACCACUAGUGAUGCAAGUAAGAAUGGACCAAAUAAAGAUUUUGUGGUGGUUUUUCGCUGGAACAAUCCCAGUAACAAAUUAUUCAGAAAUUACCUUCCAUCUUUGUGCUAAUGAGCAACGUUCAGGACCAUUUAAAAAAAAAACAAAAAAACUGACAUGCAAAUUCUCUAGUAUGGCGUGGAAUAAAUUUUGGGAUCAGAAGUUUAGGCACACAAAAUCAAAGUAGUGUGUUGAGAGUGAAGUCACUCGGUAUUUAAAACUAUGUUUGGUUUAUCAGGUCAUUCAUACUUGCAUUGCCAGACACAAGCUUUGAAUUUUUUUUUUUUUAAUAUGAUUAUCGUGAACUUCAGUUUCUGCCUCAUUUACCUGGUCCUGUGUACAAUUUUUUUUGUUUCACGACUCGAGGAGAACAGAAAAGUCAGUGGUUUCAUGGCACGCAUUGAAGCCAUCUAUUCUUCGAUAUUUCCCCCAAGUCUAGUUCCCAGGCGCUCCAUUUGGGCAAGGGAUGAGUCUGACAGUGGGACAGGCCAGAGCUGUCUUCAACUUGGUGACGAGUAUUUUGUGAUGUUGCAGCUUGUAAAUACAAAGGAAUGUUUUUAAGGGAGGUUUUGGUAUUUGUGAAUGUUCACAUUACUAAGAAGAUUUCGGAGUUAUUGAGAAGUCUGCACCACAGCAAUUGCUCGUUCAUUUUCGGACAGAAGGAUGAAAUGUGCUCCCAUUGCCCAGUGCCCUUCAAUAUUGCAAAGGACUGAUUUUUCCCAACAUACUUUCUGAUUACUCUUUCUGCAUGUGUAGUCCUUUCCUUAUAGUGUUUAACUUAUGGGGGAUGUAACUGCAGAGGCUAAGUAUUUUGUACCAUUUUAGGCCGUCAAUCCAAUUUGAUUGAAGCGUCACUAUAUUGGUGGAAGUUAAUCUUGAUGUUCUAGAUCCUUGCAGCAGAAGACUGCAAGUAGCUUUGUAAUUUCACAUUCUGUUUUGUCACUUCUGAAUGGAAUGGACAUUUAACUCUUGUCACGAAACCAAAUGCAAAGCCUAUUGUGAGGUUUUAAUAGACUGUUUCAUCCUCCUUUUGAAUUGUAGAGUUGAAAGGUUUCAGUACCGGAGUCCUUCAAGAGAGGCAGCGCAGAGCUGCUGAAGUCGGGUCACAUGCAUAGCCGACUUGGGUUUGGAACACUACAGUACUGCAAUAUCUCUAACAAAUACAAGCUUAGCACUUUUCUUUGCAUCACACACACGGUGAGACUUUUUGUUUGUAAUUUCUUUGCACACCAGAAUUAAGGAAUAAUUACAAAUUCGGGGAUUGGAAAGAAAUAUGUUGAUUCAUGCUACAGGAAGUGUGAAUAGGUUUUCGAGUCCCAGCUUGGAAAAGGAGGAGCAAGGAGAGAGUUUGUGGUCUCUGCAACCCAACCCCAUCCUCCUGCCCCGUGUAUUCCCAUUGUAAGCCUAUGAUAGUUCCGUGUAAUAGGGUGGGAGAGGAGGAGGGGGGUGUGGGGGUGGAUGGAUGAACACCAUGCGACUGAACCUUCCUUCCAACUGCAGCUUUGCUUAAAGUCCAGAUCAUGAUUGAAUACCUUUCAGCUUGUGCCCAGCUUCAGAGCCGGGUGGAUGUCUUUUUAAAGGGUACUAAAAGAGGCACUUUGUCGUACAUGUAUUGGUUUGAAUGAGGAUGUAUGGUAUCUGUUUAUAAUGUUGUUUGUAUUUUGCAGCUUUACUUUCCAUUUUAUUUUCUGGUUCUUACAGUAAGGCCAGGAGCACUGGGCGUGUGCACUGUAAGAGGUGAAAUGAGUGCAUUUUUGCACUCCCGUGAAGCUGUGCUAGUAACCCAUACGUACCAUGUUACUUUUAGCUUCUGUGACCUUCUGGAAAUUUUUCUAAUAUUUAAAAGAUUGUUUUGUAGAGAGAAUGCCUCACUGAUUUGUAUUUGCAGAUUCUUGUAAUUUGAUGUUGGAACUUCUGAAACAUUUUAUAGGGAAAACGUUCCUUUUGUUUAAAUGGUUAUCGGCAACCAUUAAAAAAAAAAGAACCUG